AUGCAGUCCUGGUCUGGCUCCGGCCAGAAUGGCGCAAAUGAUGGGCAUAAUUCCUGGCAGUCCGGCUACACAUAUCAAAACCAAGGCAACCAGUUUGAUCCUAACCAGGCCUGGCAACAACCGGCAACUGAGCAGGGCUCAUACCCUCAUUUAAACCAGCAGGACCCAUCCACGUCCAACUUCUUUGAAGCGUCCCACCAGGGAAAUGCCUUUCUUGCUGGAGGCCUUCACUCCGCUGCCUCCAGCCAAGCCCCGUUCCAUGCUGGCCAUGGCGCUCUUUCUUUGAACCAACAGUACUCGCAGCCGGGCCAAGAUGUGAUGGAUCCUGCUUUCAGUAAUAUUCACCCUGAUUUAUAUGGUCACCAGCCAAAGGUCAACCUGGGUGGAGAUGGUAUUGGCCAUAUGGGACAGGUUCAGAGCCACCCGCAUACGUCAGCUCAGUUCACGCAACAUGAAUUCGCAUUCGCUCCCCAGAACGAGCAGCUGUACGAUCCUGCCGUUCCGUUUAACCGCCAGCCUCAGCAAGUGUCUCAGCCAACUCGUCAAGGAAGUCACACUCCCGUCCAGCAGUUUGAUAACUUGCAGGGUGGAUAUCCCCAGGGCCAUCAGUUCAGGCAGGCACCGCAAUCAGUGCCGGUUCAACACCAACAGCAGCAGCCAUAUCACCAGGGACAGCCCUUCCCAGCCGCUGUUGGUGGACAGGGUGAUCAAUACCAGCUUAAUAAUAAUUUGGUCUAUCAGCAACCAAAUCCUCAGUAUACUUCACAGCAAGGAUAUGCACCCCAAAAGGCAAAUGCAUAUGCUACACCCCCUCAAGGAACGCCCGUACAGCAACAGUCGCAACCGCUUCAGCAGCCUUCCGCGGCAUCCUCCAACCAUCCGACGCUGGCGACGAAUGCCGGUGCUGCUCCAGGUAUACAAUAUGGAGUAUCCCAGCAGCCGAACAAUAGCGGCAUCGUAGCCACCUCUGCUUCUAUUGGCCAAACAGUGAUGGAGGAGGCGCCAAAGAAAAGGAAGCGCAUGACGAAGAGUGCUGCCGAGUCGAUAGUUCUGGAGCAGCCGGCAUAUCCCAUAGAUUUCCCGGUCGAUGCUCUUGGAAGAAGAGGCGAAGAAUCCGAAAUCCUGUCCGUUCCCGUACCGUCAGAGGAAGAGGCGCAACUCAUGGCCCAGUUUGCGAAACGGACCAAGGCUGCACAGAUCAAAUAUCCUUCGAUUAAUGGACUUCCACACCUUGUGUAUGAUGGUACUAUUAAAAUUCCAGCACCCAAGAGCUAUGACAAGUUGACUCCUUGCAUUGCGCUGCCGCCACGCCACGACCGUCCCGCGAUUCCCGAGCUUGGAUACCUGCCUUGCGAAAUUCAGGGUAAAUUUACCAUUCAAUAUCGGCCAUCUGCGGAAAAGGGCGGGUUGGACGAACGACGGGACGAAGCAAGCCAGUUACUGGAUGAAUACGAUCGCUCUAUGAAUGCUCUCGGUAAACGCAGACCAAAAUACACCGAGUAUCCACAUGCUUUCAAAGAGCAGCUCAAAUCCGACGAAGCUUCGAAGAACAAGGCGGAAAAGAGGGCUAAGAAGGAACAGGAGGAUGACCGAGCGAAGCCGAUCCGUUCACCCAUCCGCCCAACUGAUCCUGCCGAAGCCGCUGCUUGGGAUGCUAUUGGAAUUGUCCAUAUUGAGGCCUCUGUUGCUCGUACUAAUGCUCUUAUCGCUGGAAGAGUUCAGCAAGCGGGAGAAUUCUUCAUUAAGCUCCGUGGCGAAAUGAACAAGGCCAAGUUGGAUGUGGAUGCUGCUGUUAAGAGCAAGGUGCCGGAUGCCGAACUUGCAGAACUAAAGCACUUAGCAGAGCAGAAGAAGGAGGCCUUCUACCGCGCCCUCGACGUCACCAUUGAGCAUGCCGACGACAGCGUCUUGGAUAACCUCGGAGGCCACCAGAAAUUGGUUCUCAGUCUCGUCAACGCCAUGAUUUCAUCAAUCAAAGCAGGCGACUUCUCCGGGAAGCUCCCCAAAGCAUUACUGGAAAUCUUUACUCAUUUCCGCAUGACAAAGAAGAUUGCCGAGACGACGAAUUUUGAAACGGUCAGAAAAAGGUUCGAAGAUAAGGGCGACGAUGAGGUCAAGGAGAUGGCACGCGAAAUUGCUGCGAAUAUGAAAAAGGUUACCAAAACUGCAGAGUCAGAGACGGCCACGGGAUACACUGGAACCUCUGCAGCUAGCAGAGCUAAAGCUGGCGUCAAGCCAUCUGCAGAAGCUCCUUCAGUCAAGCGAGGUCGAGACGACGACACAGACUCUCGGACUGUGAAAAAGAUUGCGGUGGAGCCCGGUAACAGCUCUCUCAGCAAGAAGCUGGCCCAGCCAAAGAUUCACCCUCCGGCGGCAUCGAAAAUCAUUCCACCCAAAGCGCCUUCGUCGAUCUCGUCGAUACUGCCUGGUAAAGCACGACCUGUACCGAAACCAGUGGUCAAGUCAGAGGCAGACAGUCCAUCUGCGUCUAGUGAUGAUAAGAGCAAGAUAGACGUCAAGAAAGCAGUAGCAAAGGCGGAAGCUGGCAAGCUGGCUAUUAACAAACUGGAAGCCAAGCCUCUCGCACAAAAGGCAUCUUCGACACAAAGUGCCAGCGCCCUGUCGGGCAUUGCUUCUCUGCUCGAUUCCAUCAACGCUCCUAAGGCGACAGAAGCUCUUGUCUCAGUGGUCAGAGAGACAAGGGAGUCUGAUACACCAGAAGCGCCGGAAGAAAAAGCUAAACGACUUCGUAAAGAGGCUCGUCGAAAGCUUAGGGUCAGCUGGAAGCCUGAAUCAGAGCUUGUGCAAGUCAAAAUCUUCCACAAAGACGAUGAAGAAGACGAGGGCAGAGAGAGCAACAUGAUACGAGACGCAGCCGAUGACCGCUCCGAGGGUAUGGUUCUGAAACAGCGCGCAAACGUGGAAGAGGACGAAGACGACGACGACAUUCCUUACCAGCCUUGGUUGGGACCGGUCGAGAUGGACUUUUCAGUGCUGGCCGACGAUGUACGGAGUAAGAACUACGUUACGCGUGGCGGCACUGUGACUUUUACGACCGACGAGCAGCAACGAAUCGCAGAGAGGGAGCAGAGAGAGCUUAUGGCCAUUUACACUGAUAUUGACGAUAUUCCUCCAACGCCCAAAUCUCCUAUUCCGGAGACGGCAACUACGAAUCCUGAAGCCAAGACUGGCUACCUUCCCCGAGAUGAUGCCAAGUACGAAGAAAUCCAGCUUAGAUGGCGAGAUGAACAGCAGUAUGGACUCGAUGAGGCGCUACGCUCUGCUAUGAAGCGGCUCGACGCCAAGAAUAGCCCGUCUAAUAAGCUUGACUCUAUUCUCGGCCGGCUUCAAGGAGGUGUAUCGUCGUCAUCUGCACCCUCCUCACAACCCGCAUCUUCUGUGCAAUCCCGGCAGACAUAUCACCAGCUCCCGCUUCUCUUGGGCCCUGCAGCAGAGGCACUUGUACUUGCGGCGCUUCAAUCAGACAAGACCAAGGCUUGGCGCGACACAAACCCCGUUCAAUACGGCGAUACUGUGCGUUCCUACAACUAUACCGACCCGACAGUACGACUUAAUGGAAACGCUGUCGAGGAUGCUGCGAGGAGCUUGAUUAGCAAACCGUUUCCUGCAAUCGCACCACCAGACUGGCUUUCGUUUGAUCAAGAAAGGGUCAGGGAAUGGUGGUUUGGAUAUAACAAGGAGGUGGCGGUCAGACAGAAGAAGGAAGAAGAAGCACGGGCCAGAGCUGAAGCUGAAGCAAACGCGCUUAAGAUUGCCGCUGCUACUGCCGCUGCCGCUGCGAACCCCUCGAAUAAUGGUCAGUCUCAAGACUGGGCGACGGCGCAGUUUGCCCAGCAACAGAAUUACGCCCCGUACAUGGCACUGCUACAGCAGAUGACUGGCGGGCAGCAUCAAGCUAUUCCCCAAAUCCCAUCGACAGCAGCACCAGCGCCAUCCCAAAUUCCCGACGGUCAACUGCAGUCGAUUCUCGCAGCCAUCAACCAACCUCAACAAGCUGCUGCAGCGGUGCAAGCUGCGAACAUUACCAGCUACCUGAACCCGAACGACCCUUCGUACCAGCAGCUAAUGAUGCUUACUCAAAUGGCACAGGGCCAGCAGCCACCUCCACCUCCGCCACCGCCGCCAUCAUUUGGCCAUGGGGCGGAGCGAGAGAGGGAGCGAGAGCGAGAACGAGAUUGGGAUCGAAACGAGAAUUCGAGAGGAGGCGACAGAGGAGGCGAUCACGGAAAGGAAGGCAGGAAAAAGAAGGGUACGCUGCCACCCCAUAAGCCUGCCAACAAGGCUCUCAUAGGGACCAAGCCAUGCACUUUCUGGCAGCAAGGCAAGUGUGCUCGAGGUGAUAAGUGCACCUUUAGACACGGGUGA